AUGACAGGAAGUUUCCAUUCUCGACUACCUAUAUCAUCAGUUGGUUCUUGUCAUAAUUUAUUAUUUUCUUAUAAUGGUCAAUAUUUAAUUGGAUUAUUCUAUGAAAUAACAUCAAAUUUAAAUCCUUAUGCUAUUAAAAUUUGGUCAACAAAUGAUUAUACAAUUCAUAAGAAUUUACAUCCAAUAAAAUGUUCAAUAGCAAUAACAUCUCAACAUUUAUCUAUACUUUAUAUGGCUGGUAAACAAAAAUAUGGUCGUGGUAUAUUACUUGGUUUACUUGAUAUUGAUACAUGUAAUCUUAUACAUGAACUCAAAUCAGAUCCUGAUACAUCAAUUGGUGAUGAAAUUCAACGAAUUAUUUUAACAAAAAAUGAAAUCUACGCACUUAUUGUAUGUACAGAACAUACAAGUACAUAUACAUGUUUUGUUAUAUACAAAUUAGAAACACAAAUAAAUCUAAAUAAUGAACAAUCAUCAUUAAUAUCACAUACAAUGAAUAAUUGUACAAUGAUUUUAACGAGAUUUGAUUCUGAUCCAAACAAUACAUUUUCAAUAAAUGAUACCAAUAAUAAUGAUCAAUAUAUGUUAACUAUAUUACGUACAAAUGAAAUUCUUAUAUGGAAAUUAAAUAAUGAAGAAAUUUUAUUUAAUUAUAAUUUUCAUCAUUGA